AUGGGGCCCCAGGUGCCCCCGCAGCUGGCUUGGAAAUGGCAAGUACUGUACAUGUUGUCCUUGUCCGGCUGGGGCUGGGUGUCUGGGCAACUCCGAUACUCGGUGGUGGAGGAAUCCGAGCUGGGGACCUUGGUGGGAAAUGUGGCUCUGGAUCUGGGCUUAAAGGUAACAGAUAUGGAGAGCCGCCGGUUGCGAUUGGGCUCGGAGGAGAGCCGCCGCUAUUUUGCCCUGGAUCUGGCCAGCGGCGCCCUGGUGGUCAACCAGAAGAUCGACCGUGAGAGCCUGUGUGGAGCCAGCACCGGUUGUCUGCUGCCAGUGCAGGUGGUUACUGAGCAUCCCCUAGAGCUGUUCCGUGUGGAGGUGGAAAUCCUAGACCUCAAUGACAACUCCCCCGGCUUCAGCACCCCAGAACGAGAGGUGCGAAUCUCAGAAUCAGCCGCUCCAGGUGCGAGAUUUCCUCUGGACAGCGCCCAAGAUCCUGAUGUGGGCACCAACACUGUGAGCUCUUACAUGCUCAGCCCUAGUCUCCAUUUCUCCCUGGAUGUGAAGACCCUGAAAGACGGGAGGUUGUUCCCCGAACUGGUCCUGGAGCGACCUCUGGACCGAGAAGAGCAAGCAGAACACCAGCUGGUACUCACUGCUGUGGAUGGGGGCACCCCGGCCCUUUCGGGCACUGCUCGAAUUUCCAUCACUGUGUUGGACAUCAAUGACAAUGCGCCCGCCUUUGAGCCCUCUCUGCUAAGAGUGACUGUCCCUGAAAACACGCCUCAGGGUAAGCUCCUAGUUCGGCUCAACGCCACCGAUGCUGACUCCGGCCCCAAUGGCGAGCUGGAGUAUUCUUUUGGGGACCACACAUCAGAGGUGGCUCGGGGGCUCUUCAGUCUGGAUUCUCGAAGUGGUGAGAUCCGUGUACUGGGCCCCGUGGACUUCGAGGAAUCGAGUUUCUAUGAGCUCCACGUGCGAGCCCGGGACCAGGGCCAGCCCUCCAUGGAGGGUCACAGCGUCGUGCAGAUUGAGGUAGAAGAUGCCAACGACAAUGCACCUGAGGUACUGCUUACCUCUUUGGUAAACCCAGUGCCCGAGGAUACACCUGUGGGCACCGUGGUGGGACUGUUCAAUGUGAGGGACCGAGAUUCAGGCGUGAACCGAGGGAUGACCCUGGAAAUCUCUCCUAAUCUGCCCUUCCAGAUCAAGCCUUUUGAAAACCACUACUCACUACUGACCAGCGAGAGGCUGGACAGAGAGGCCACGGCUCACUACACCGUCGAGCUGCUGGCCCGGGACACCGGCUCGCCUCCUCUGCAAACCAGCCUAACCAUCCUACUCAACAUCUCCGAUGUCAAUGACAACGCGCCUAGCUUUUCGCAGCAGAUCUACAGCGCCUACAUCUCCGAGAACCGGCCUCCGGGUUCCCUGCUCUGCACAGUGGCCGCCUCAGACCCCGACGCCGGAGACAACGCACGCCUCAGCUAUUCCAUCUUAGGGAGUCAGAUCCAGGGCGCCCCGGCCUCCUCCUUCAUCUACAUUAAUCCCGAAGAUGGACGAGUAUUUGCCCAGCGUACUUUUGACUAUGAGCUACUUCAGGUGCUCCAGAUCACCGUGGGGGUGAGGGAUGCGGGCUACCCGGCCCUGCGUGCCAAUGCCACUCUGCACGUGUUUGUCCAGGAUCAGAACGACAAUUCCCCGACGGUGUUGCAUCCUCGUCCGGGCCGAGAGAUAGCCUCCCCGCAGAGACUACGGCGCUCCGCUCCCCCAGGUUCUCUGGUCACCAAGGUUACAGCGGUGGACGCAGACUCAGGCCACAACGCCUGGCUCUCCUACUCGCUGUUGCCUCAGUCCACAACCCCAGGCCUUUUUCAGGUGUCGGCUCACAGCGGGGAGGUCCGCACAGCCCGUGCCCUGCAGGAGGAAGACUUGGAUACACAGUUGGUGGUGGUCUUGGUGAAGGACAAUGGCGAACCGGCGCUUUCCUCCACUGCCACGGUGCUCCUGGCCCUGCAGGACGAGGAAGCCGAGGAACUGCCCCAGUCCAGCGACUUCCUCCUGCACCCCCAAGAGCGCUCCGAUCUCACCCUCUAUCUUAUUGUAGCACUGGCGGCUGUCAGCCUCCUCUCUCUGGUCUCUUUCACCUUUCUGUCAGCUAAGUGCCUGAGGAGGGGGGCGGAUGGGGAAGGUUGUUGCAGGCGCCGUGACUCGCCCUCCCGGGAUUUCUAUAAGCAGUCUAGUCCUAAUGUGCAACUGAGCUCAGAUGGUACUCUGAAGUACAUGGAGGUAACUCUGCGGCCCGCACAGUCACAGAGCCAUUGCUACAGGACUUGCUUCUCUCCGGCCUCAGACGGAAGUGAUUUCACCUUCCUAAGGCCGCUCAGUGCCCCACAGCCUUCGGCUUUGGCCUUGGAGCCUGAUGCUUGCCUGUCUCGGUCCAAUACACUGAGGGAGCCGAGCCAGCAAGCUCCGCCCAACACGGACUGGCGUUUCUCUCAGGCCCAGAGACCAGGCACCAGUGGCUCCCAGAAUGGUGAUGAAGGAGGCACCUGGCCCAACAAUCAGUUUGACACAGAGAUGCUUCAGGCGAUGAUCCUGGCUUCUGCCAAUGAAGCUGCAGAUGGGAGUUCGACCCUUGGCGGUGGCGCAGGUACCAUGGGGCUGAGUGCCCGCUAUGGGCCCCAGUUCACCCUGCAGCAUGUGCCUGACUAUAGGCAGAACGUAUACAUCCCAGGCAGCACUGCCACCUUGGCCAACGCCGCUGGAAAGAGAGAUGGCAAGGCCCCUGCAGGUGGCAAUGGAAACAAGAAGAAAUCUGGCAAGAAGGAAAAGAAGUAGGGUCAGCAUUAGGUCCCAAGCACAGGGCCACAGGGCAAACCCCCUCCCACCAAUCCAGCCUCCUCCCAGUUCCCUGAACCCUCAGAAUGUAGGAGGUCAUCCUCAGGCUGCUGGUGGGAGUCAUGGUGACCCCUCCCUCUUGGGAAACACAAAUAAGUGCCCUGUGAAUACCCCCUUCUGUGCCUCCAGAGGGAUUGAAUAUGCAAAAGGGGGUACAGCCAGGAGCUCCCCCAAUACAAAUGCUGUGCCCAUAGGAACAGUGCAGAUAAAGAGAUUCAUAUAUAACUCCCCUCCUUUCCUCCAUCCCUAGCUUAGAAGCCCCAGUUACAGUUUAGCUCCCCACACAUUCUUCUCCCUCCCCACAUCAGUUAGGUUGACUCUGUCUCCCACUCCCAAACCUCCAACCUCUCCUUCCCUUUUUUGGGGUAUUAUGGGUAUUAUGAGACCUUAGAUCUGGGGAGUGGGGACAGGACUGUGCUUGUCUCAUACCUGUGGAGAGAAGUGGGAGCACAGUGACCUCUGACUCUCACUUUUUAAACCAUUUCCUUUUUCUGCUUCCCCUCCUUCCCCCUCCAGUGCCUGAAAUCAUGGAUAGAAUACAGGUGCUUGGGAACAAAUGCAGUCAUCCCCAUGGCCCUGACAUGGACAGGUUUGGGAGAAAUCUUCCUCCCCCAGCCUCUGUCCAAGGCCCCAGGAAACAGAGACCAGGGUUGGGUUUAUGGGACCAUUCUCUUCAGAGUUCCUCAUCUCUUAUUCUUCUCCACCCCUCAGCAAAAGAAUCCAUUGCAUGUUGGGAAAUAGCAUGGCAUGGUGGGAUGAAUAGGGAGGGUAUAGGGAGGGGGGACCUUUCCACUAGAAAGAAAGACACAUCUUUGGUCAGGGUCUCAAAGAAGGAGGGAUUAUGGGUCCUCUCAUUGCCACCUCCCACUAAUUACUGGUUGGGCUCUCAGCACUAAUCAGGCCCCCAUAUUAUAUAACUGUCGGGGGAGCAGAGGACAAGAGAGCUCUGGGUUGGGUCUAGUUCCUGGGAGGCAGAGCCUCAGGCUUCUGGCUCUUGGAGGAUGUCACCUUGGCAGGAGGGGAUUUAAAGGGAACCAAAUGGCAUCAAAGUGAGAUUGAGCUCUUGGGUCUGGCAUGGAUGUUUACGGGGAUUUGUGUGUGGGCAUGUGUAAGGGGGGGGGGAGUCAUUCAGGCUAGGCCAUCUGGACAUAGUUGCCAUGGGCAACCCAAGCAUCCGUAUUCCCUUAUUCACCAGGUAAGCUAAGCAAGAAGGGUCAGUGCAGGCCAGUUCGUUCUAGGGCAGUUUGACCAAUACAGGAAGCCACACAUCCACCCUCUCCCCCCAGGAAUGUUCUGCGAGAUGGUCAGACACGGACCUCAUGCUCUUUUCCCCCAGAGAGACAGAGACCCAGGAGCAGAAAGACAGAUGUCUCAGGGGAGGGAGGAGGGGUUCUCUCGGAGAUCCCAGUGAAGUCUGUAUUCCCUCACCCUCAGGUGCCAUUUAUUCUACUUUGCCAUUCCCUACCCUUUUCCAGAAUUUCCUGGAGCCUGGGUAACGCCCCCCAUCCCCCAUCCAUCAUUUUGUCCCGACCCUGGCCCAAAUGGGGCUGCACUAGUCUUGUCAACCCAGAGGGGACCCUCCCGCAUUUCACGACUCUUUAGUAUAGUGAGUAGUGACCCUGACCGCAAUCCCUGAGCUGGUGUAGAGUAGCUGAUGUGUAGCUAGUGCGGUGUGCUUGCUUUUGUGAUGACGAGGGGACAGCGGCAGUAUGGAGACUUGUCUCUCUGUCUGCUCCCACUCCGUCCUGUGCUUUUAUGCUGUGUCUGUGUGCUACAGAUCCCCCUCCCAGCCCACUCUCAUUUCCCCAGUACUGACCUCUGUGCCCCUUCUAUAGAAGCUUAUCUUGCAUAGUCAUGUAGCCUCCCUCCACUCCCCCCAUAAUCGCAAGUUUUAUACUCUAAUAUUUAUAUAGCUUUUUUCUUUGGGAAAAAUAAUAAAAUGGUUUCUUCU